AAGGUGGUCCUAUUUCAUACGAUACUGGUUCCAACGAUUCGGCUCGUGGAAGUGACGUACACUGGUCGUAGGGAGAAAAUAUCGACGAGCUAUAGCAAGCUUUAAAAUAGCCAUUUUCAAGAUAUUGAUUACUGUUAGCUGUUGUUGCUAUCACUGGUAUUGCGGCUUUCGACCGAGGAAAAGAGUGAAGUGUAUGUGUGUGAUUUCUUUGCGUGUAAACGAUGGGUCCUGAUAACACAACAUGUCACUGCCAGGAGCUGAUCACAUCAUCCACCGAUAGUCGUCCCCACUGGUGAACUCAACUUGUUUCGCAGUUUCCAGGACGACCGACCGAAGUGAUUUGCGUAUUGGCGCCUUACCAGCAGCCUACUUUGGUGUGCGCAGAGAAACUUUCGUUGAGACAGUACUAGUGACCGAAUAAGAAAAUGGGUUCCGUCGAAUGUCCCGUUUGCACGCUAUAUCUCCGGGCCGAUAUGAGCCUGGAGGAACAUUUGGAGACACAUCCAACGGAUAAGGUCAUCAAAGCUUUGGUGGCGAUGGCUACAAAGAAUUCAUCCUCGCCAGCUCAUGCACCACAAUCAUCUCCCGUUGUCUCGGUAGUUCCAGCGAGCAACACAGCAACUGCGUUGGAAUUCACUUCGAUACCGGGAUGUAGCUCACGUUCUCAAACACCACCGAAUGCACUCAUGUACCAUUCCAGCGGAUACGAAUCGAUAAAACAGACAGCUCCUCGGCAACCGCCACCCCCACCACCUCCAGCACCGAUGGUUACCAACGCGGUCCCUACUGCAAUAACCGUUGUGAAGACUUCAGAUGUUGGCUACCCGAUCAACAACGUCAUGAUCGUUAAAAGUUGUAGUACCAAAUUCCUUCAACAGAUGGCCUCGGGUAGUGGCAACCCUGUUGGAGCAGGAAACAGUCUGUCGUCAGCUACAUACGCUGCUGCUCCAAUUAGUGGCAAAGGAAUGUUCAUCGAAUCAGAACGAGGAGGUUCCAGCGAAAAUAAAACUGCAUCCAUUACCGUUCGUCGACAGCUUGCCCCCUCCCUUUAUCCACGAUACACGAAUGAGCUCUAUUCUGGCCCACCCCCACCGUACAGUACAGCAAUAUCCUCUACAAUAUCUACCGGAACCCAGCUGCAGCAAUCGUCAAUCACAGAAUAUGGCUCCAAGUACGAACAGAAACAGCUUAAUCAUUUACAACCAUCUUUCUACGUUAGUGCGCCGUCAGCAAAACAGCAUACAAUGCAAACUGCUCCGACGAUUACAAUAUCCCAGCAACAGCAAUUCUAUCAAACGCAUCAACCUCCGCCACCACCACCUUCAAUGUUGAAUCAACCAUCAGUCGGUAUCCAUCAACAGCAUCAGCAAUUCCAAGCAUCGACCUCCAGUUUCAGGACACACAAUUUUCUGCAAGCUCAGUAUACGGAAAAAGAAGAUGGAAACUUUCUGGUCACUGAGAAUCCGAAGAAAAUUGUCGAAUAUACGGAGAAUGAUGAAGGAGACUUCAUGGUGAUUGAGAAAAUCAUCAAAUCACCACCAAGAGUUGUGCAAUUUGGUGAUCCAACAGCUAAAGAAGAACCACAACCUCCGGACGAAGAGAGUCAAGAACAACAGGAAGAAGAGAAGGUCGACGAGGAAGAAUAUGAGAUGGAAAUCGAUGAGGAGGAAUCGUACGAGGAGGGACAGACUAACAAUGAACAGACGGAGCAACCGAACACCAUAGAAAUAGUGGAGGAUGACGAUGGCUCUUUCAACGAUAAUCGGAGUCGCUUCAACUUCAAGGACAUGCCAAAACCGAUGCUCAUCGGUAGUAUUGGAAGUGGCAAAAACUGCAAUAAAUUCAACUUUAUUGUUGAAGCAUCUCCCUUAAGUUCUGGUCAUUCCUCAAACAAUUACUACACACCCAAAAGGAAACCUGCCAGUGGUUUGAAAGUACUGAGCAACGUUAAAGUUACUACUGAUUUGUCUCAAGGCAUUAAAGAUAUUAUCCUCAACUUGAAUUGUAAAAGCAAAACCGCAAGUGUUGCAGGAAGCAGCGGGCAUCACGUCAGUGUGGACGGAAUCAAUACGUCCCGCAUUGCGGGGGUGAAGCCAGCGGCGGUAGUUAAUAACAAUUGCCAAAACGAGCUUAUCAUAAAUUCCGGAAGUAAUAUGCCACCGAUUGAUCUCACUAAUGUAAACGACAUAGAAAUCAUUAACGAAGACGAAGAGGAUAUUCGUGCUGGUGAAGACGAAGAGUGCUACAUUGGAUCAAUGGAAGUUAAAGCAUCCAACUCUGAGCGUGAUUCGUUCAGUCAAGAAACGGUAGAGGCGUGUGCAUCUCCCACAGGUUCAGGCCUACGUAUGACCCCGACACCAUCGGUAAUUACCAGUGUCAUCCGUAUGACACCUCACACAUCUCCGGUAGUCGUUUCCUCAGCACCGUCUCCACCGAUGCAACCAACUGAACCUCCCGCAGUACAAGUCGCCGAAUCACAAGAUUCAGAUAUGCCACCAACAACUGCGACUUCUUCGUUUGAAUGCUGCUCCUCCGCUGAUGCAAGUGGAAAACCAAGUGGAUCACCGGUGCAACCUAAGAAAAUAUCAACACAUCAGCAGCCACACGCCUAUACAACGGGGCCUCUUUUCAACAAACAACCAAAAAAACUCACCGUCAAACUGAAAACACCACUUCCGCCAGUGUCACCGAAAACACCACCGCUAAUUCCAACACGUCAAACAGAUGAGUCCACUGUUCCGAUGAUUGUACCGAAGAUCGAACGCUUCUCAUACGAUCCCGUAGAAAACCAUCCGCCAGUACAAUCAAAGUCAGAAUCUUCAGAUCUUAUCAGCGCUCCUGGCGAUGAUGACAGCCCAUCGUCGUCGUUGGAACAGCACGAGGAUAACAAUGAAAACAAGUUUUCUACUAUAAGCAACAAAUUAGUGCAAUCUCAGGUUUCACUCAGCUCGUCGUUCAUCGGCGAAUCAGCCACAGAUAUUUCAACCGAAACCAUAACGACGACUACGUUAAUCACGACCAAGGUUGAACAGGAUUCCCAACUUUCCGAAACGAUCAUCUUUACGCAGUCAUCGUCACGCUGCAGCAGUAAUGGACCCCCAUCGGUAGCGCCUAAUUACGACGAAUGUGACAACAAACCAUCAGUUAACCCAUCAUCAUCAUCAUCACAUUCACCGCAUGAAGUUACUCAAUGCGAUGCUGAUGAGGAAAUUGAAUGCUAUAAAAUCACCUUCAUCGAUGACGAAGUAGCGGCGACCUCGGAUAGCCAACCGAAGUCCGAAACGAGCGAUGCGGUCGCUGCACAUGAGGUCGUAGCUCAAAGUUCUGACUGUAGUAACGAUAGUGGCGAAACCAAACCGAAACUGGUGAAAGAUGAAAAAGUGGAUGGAGUUGAUGUUUAUUCCAUGUCUAACUACAGUGGCUCACAAAUAGAGCAAACGGCGAAUUCUGCUUCUCCUUCUUCUUCGCCAAACUCCGAUCAACCGGAUUCUAUUUUGAAAAAUUGUAUCAAAAUUGAAAAAGUGGAAAAGAUUGAUAAGAGAGCACUGGAAGAGUUGGUAGCGAACGCCACUAUAAGUGGGAGGAAGAUAGACUAUAAAGUUGCAAAAAUUGAACCAUCUGCCACUGUUACGUCGGCUUCUGCGUGCGACUAUCAGAAAGAUCAAAAGGAUCUUCUAGAGGCUGGACCUUCGAGCGCGUUGAACAAUGUUAACAGUCGCAGCAGCGGUGGAAAUGGUAAUGCUCGACCGGAAACUUCGGGACCUACUUUUCUGGAGUAUAGUGUUGAAUAUGACGAUUACGUUCCGGUCGCAAGCUACGGUUUGCCACCGGAACAAAUUCCUCUUUCGUGGGUGCAAAAGUUUAGCCCCCAGUAUACACCGUUCGACGAUCAGAAUUCCUACAUGGAUCUGGAUAUGUGCAGCAAUAAAACUAAUUCCAACAGUGCUGGAGGGAGUAGCGCAACCUGCGCUAGCGGUAGCGGAAGUUUAGCGAGUCGCAUCGAUACCAGCCUGGACCGGGCUCCGUCGGCGGAGAGCUUGAACAUUAGAACUGAUGAAAAAAUGCCUGCCAAGGGGGAAAUAUCCGAGCAGGAGAGCAACGGAGAUAUGGAGUUGUCGUGGAACAGGCUGUAUCCGGUCCACGAAAACAUCCCUAUCUACCCAAGUUCGUACGACCUCUCGACGGCACAGGAGUGCUGGAAUCUGAGCAAUCGCAACCACUCCGGAAGUCACAAUACCAGCAGCAACAGUAGCAAUAACAAUAGUACAGGAGCCCAAGCAGGCACCAGUACUGUCAGCGGAGCGCAUCAGGAUCGAAAUGCAUCACACCACCCAUAUCAUCAUAUUUAUCAUCCUUCCCAGGGAAUUAAUUUCCAAUUCCCCCAGCACGAUCAACAUCGACACGCUGGAGACAACGGUGACGAUCAAGUGGAUGACAAGUCGAAAAUUCUUCUGGAUUAUGGUGCUGGCAAUAGUGGAGUGAACUAUCAUGGCGUGGGGACUAGCAAUGCUGGUAUGUUACCUGAUGAGUGCAGUCGAAAGUUAGCCAAGAUUCGUUCGUAUCGAUGUUCCGAGUGUCCCAAAUCGUUUGCACUUUUGAAACAACGACGCGCUCAUAUGCUAUCGGAGCAUAACAUAGACGGUAAGGAAAAUGUGUUGGGACCCAUUACGGCUUCAGGUACGUCUGGUGUGUCGUCGACAAUCACUUCCGGGUCGGCAUUGGGUUUCUUUUCCGGACCUGGCGAAGGAUCAAGUACGGCAAUAUUGAAUAAGAAAAUCAAGAUAGAACCGCAACCGAUGCUGAUGAGCUAUAGCUCUUUGAAGCAGGAACUAGAACAGAAGCAAGAGGAAGGAAUUGCUGCUAGUGAACUACCAGGACCAAGUGGAAUGCUUGCCAGUAGCAGCAACGUUCCUGCCAGUGGGGAAGUUCGCCGGAAACGAACCUAUGUUUGUGGUACGUGCAAACAAGAGUUCGAUAGAUUUAAAUUGUUUAAUGCUCACCUGAUGACUCACCCUGCCGAGUGUUAUACCUGUGGCAGAAGCUUCAGGCAUUGGCCAAAUUUCGCUCUUCACAUAAAGCGGCAUUUGGGGAUAAAAGACCAUCAGUGCCGAUUGUGCGGAAAGAAAUUUGUGAUCAAACAAAAAUUGAUUGAACAUAUGCGAGUCCACACGGGAAAAGCGCCCAUCAAAUGUCCCGACUGCGAUCAACACUUCCGACGGUUUUCCAAUUUGGCUCAGCAUCGCAAUCGGCAUCAUCUUAAUAAGAUACCUUCGAAAAAAGAUUUUGUUUGCCACUGCGGGGAGGUAUUCCAGUCUAAGGCCAAAAUGGAGUGGCAUAAGGAAAUUCACGAAAAUAGGCCUAAAAGUUGUCCCUUCUGCCGGGAAAAGUUCAUCCACAAAAACAGCCUAACCAGACACAUUCGACUAUCUCACACCGAGAAAUACGUGAAGCUAGAAAUUGAAACCGAAACGUGUACGAUCUGCAAUCAACCGUACAUCAAGACGAGCAUGAAGCGACACAUGGAGACGCAUACCGAAGAGCGGAUGGCAUACUCAUGCACGAUUUGUAACAAGCUUUUCAGUACCAACUGGAACCUAAAGCAGCACAAAUGGACACACGCCAAUCCGACGCUGAAACCCUUCCAGUGUAAUAUGUGUUCAAGCGGGUUCGUCCGGGAGGCGGACUACAUAACUCACAUGAAUGCCCACAAAUCCAUCCGACCGUACACGUGCAACCACUGCGGGUGUCAGUUUAUCCGGAAGUACAACUGGAUCCGGCACACGCGGGAACACGAAACGGACAAAAACUACACGUGCGAGAUUUGUGGGCGUAAGUUCCACCGCAAGUACUAUCUGACGGAGCACAAGCGGAUUCACACCGGCGAGCGGCCGUUCUCCUGUAACAUCUGCGGUAAGACGUCCUCGACCAAGACGAAUCACAACAAACACAUCAAGAUCCAUCACGCGCGGGAUCCGCUGACGGCGGAAGGUUAGAAUGAUCGGUCCGGAUGUGUGAUGGAUGAGGAGUAAGAGAAGGAGAAGCUGUUUAAUUAAGGCUAAAGAAAAAUUUGACAUCGUUUUAUUUUUCAGUGAUCAGGUGUCAGUUCCUGGCGUAGAGUAGAGAUGAACUGUGAAAUGCCGUACUAGAAGAAAAGUUCCGCAAGUCUGGCUGCCCUGUUUGCGCUUUUUUUUUGGUGCGUACUGGAAGGGGGAAAGAGUUUACUUGUGCAGUAUAUCGCGUUGAACACAUUUUGCAGAAGAGUAAUUGGAACAAAUUACUAGCCACGAUCCAAGAUAUAAAAAUUGACUUUUUUGUUAUGUUAUUUUUUCAUACUGCAUAUUGUUGCAACACUAUUUCAAAAUAAGUUUAAAAUUUUUUUGAAUGGAUGCAAAAAUGUGAUAUUUUAGGAAAUUUAAUCGUGUUUCCUUAGAUAUCCGGCAAUAUUGUUUUCUAAUGAUGAGUGAGACAAUAUUGUUUUUCUAAAGUAAUUGACACCGCCAGUUGUAUUAUGGAUAUUUGCUAACCGCAAAUGAUAUUUUUUCUUCCAUCUUGAAAAAAACCAUCUUGUUAAAAUUUUAUUCAAAUUUCAAUGUUAAAAAAAUUACGUGAAGCAGUAUGUCAGCUGUUCAUAUAAUAAUCAAAAUUAUCCGAUUUUGUUCGAUUCAAAAAUACCAAAACUUGAAUAUUGCGAUUAUUGUCAAUUUGACGCUCAUCGAUGUGCUGUGGGAAUAAAUAUUAAGUUUGGAAAAAUGUA